CAGCCGAGGCGUUACUUCUCGAUAUGGCAGGCAGGCACGUGCUUGAUGUUGCCACGGGUGACGUCAUCUCAUCUCACAACCAGCUUCACUGUGCAACGGCGGCCGUAACGCGCCCGGGACCGACGCGACACAAGCUCAGAUGCAUGCGAUGUCGACCCCGGCAACAGUCGACCAGUAUAGGAUACCUACUAGAGCGGACGGUGCCCGCAGAACCCACGCGGAGUGACAUCGGGUUCUAUUCUGGGCCACGGGUCCCAUCAGACACUGGCGCCAUUGAGUCUGGGGAAGGGCCCGUUACCACACCGCGGAUACACAUAGCGUAUAUCUCGGUUUUUCUGCGCGCAGAUGAUCUGGAUUGCGGCGUUGCGCCAGGGUCGGAUGCAGGCGAUUAUGACUCAUGGGCGGAGGCUGCUGUUGGGUUCCUGUGACAGUACUUAUACGCACGGAGGAGUGGGGGGGACGUACCGGACUUGACUGCUCCUCCUCCUCCUCCUCCGCUCCGAUGCCGACACUCCGCAACUUGCUCUGCACGGCCCUCCUGUCUGCUGCGGCUGCCCACGCACACUAUAUAUUCCCGAACCUGACCAUCGGGGGCGUCACCUCCGCCAACUGGGCGAACAUCCGGCAGACGAACAACUGGCAGGCCCUGACCCCCCAACAAGACGUGACCGUGGCCGACAUCCGCUGCUACGACUCGGCGUUCUCGAACGGCAUCGGCACGGCUACGACGACCAAGGCAGCGGCGGGGUCCGCGGUGACGUUCAACGUCUUCGGCAACCCGUCGAACCUGUACCACCCCGGUGUGCGUGUCUCCCGUCCCCCUCCCCUCCUCGGAUCGGACUCGCAGGCUCACGCGGUGCAGGUCCUCAACGUGUACAUGGCGAAGGCGCCCACGGGCACAGACGUCUCGCAGUGGGACCCGACAGGCGCCGUGUGGUUCAAGGUGUACCAAAUCAGCGCUGUCACGGACGGCGGGUCGACGAUCACGUUCCCCGCAACGGGCCUUGCCUCAGUCACGUUCAACAUCCCCUCCGCCACACCCUCGGGCCAGUACUUGAUUCGCAUCGAGCAUAUUGCGCUGCACAGCGCGUCGUCCUACGGGGGCGCCCAGUUCUACAUCUCCUGCGCGCAGGUUGAGGUCACAGGCGGUGGAUCGGGCACACCGGGCCCGCUCGUCGCGUUCCCUGGUGCUUACACCGGCAAUGAAUCUGGAAUCCUGAUCAACAUCUACUACCCCAUCCCCGCGACCUACACCCAACCCGGACCCGCCGUCUGGCCCGCCGGCUCAGGCUCUGGAUCCGGCUCCGGCGGCUCCACCUCGACGACGACCGCCCGCCCGCCUCCGCCAUCCAGUACUUCCACCAGCAAGGGCACGGCGUCGACGACCGCCCCGCCCACGAGCACCGGCGGCACCGUCGCGCAGUUUGGCCAGUGCGGCGGGAGUGGGUACGCCGGAUCUACGAUCUGCGCCGCGCCGUACAAAUGCACCGUGCUCAACCCGUACUACUCGCAAUGUACCUGAGUCGUUGUACGAGUCUCCUAGUCUUACCACACGUUUGCAUGAAUGAACGAAUGAAUGAAUGGAUCUGACGCACACAUGCACAUGACAUUUGAAUUUGUCGAUAGCGUAGAAGUACAACAGGAGGGGGAGUCACGGGAUGUAUGUACAGUAUGCGAGUUUGUCUGUCUGGGUACGUAUCACGUCGUCGGUAAUCUGUAAUCUGUAAUCUGCGGGAUUCGGUGUCUGUUCUGGUGCGGAUACUUUAAUAACGUGCGGAACAUGCAGGGUGCCAGUGCGAGUAAUCUGUUUCUGUAUCUGUGCGAACGGAAAAGCGAGUGGGGGUCUGUAGCUGCAAAUCGUAUCAUAACAUAGCGAAUGCGGAUGGCAACGACGAACGAACGAGCGAGCGAAAAUACCAGUCUCCUACCGCGUAGUCGUGCGCACCCCGCUCGCCGGACCCGUCGUCCCAAACUGGCCCUGGCCUUGGCUUUGGUGGUGGUGGUGAUGGCUCCGACGCUGC